UGAUCAACUGGAAUAAAUAAAAUUGUGGUCCAUUCUAUUGCCAAUCCUUGCAAGUAAAUCUAGGCAACUCUGUUCUGUAAUGAGUUACCUUUAUGUUCAAUACAUAUGGAGGAUAACAACUGGCAACUGUUUAAUGUUAAUCGUCAAUUGAAAAGUUCUCUCACAAGCCUCUUUUUUUACCUUUUGACGUUUUUAUCAAUCAUGAAGUUGUUAUUUGCAGCUGAUACAAUAGCUGCAGAACAAUCCAUUAGUGAUGGUCAGACAUUGGUUUCUUCAUCCCAAAGCUUUGAACUGGGUUUCUUCUCUCCUGGCAAUUCAAAGAAGAGAUUCCUGGGGAUAUGGUACAAGAAUCUUUCCGGGGCAGUUGUGUGGGUCGCAAACAGAAACAGCCCAAUUGCUGAUGCAGGUGGAGUUUUAACCCUCAACAGUGAUGGAAACCUGAUACUCUUUGAUGGAACAAACAGCACUGUUUGGUCUUCAAACAUCUCUAGAAAAGCAGAAGGUCCAGUGGCACAACUCUUAGAUUCUGGAAACUUAGUAGUUAAAGACAACAAAACCAUGCAACCUGUUGAGGUCUAUCUAUGGCAGAGCUUCGAUUACCUGUCAGACACGCUGUUGCCAGGCAUGAAGCUUGGAAAGAACUUAAAAACUGGAUCAGAGUGGUUGUUAACAUCUUGGAAAAGUGCUGAUGAUCCAUCUCCAGGAAACUUUACUUGCAGACUUAGCAUUCAAGGCUUGCCUUCUAUAGUUGCUUAUUUGGGAUCAGCAAAAAUGUUCCGCAGUGGACCAUGGGAUGGAUUUAACUUUGGUGGUACUCCUGUGUCUCCCACCUUAGUUCAAUAUUUGGUGCAUAAUGAGGAUGAAAUCUAUUACAGUUAUGAGCCUUUCAACAACCCAAUUAUUACGCGAUUAACCAUGGACCAGUCGGGUACCCUCCUGCGUGUUAUAUGGAAUGAGAGGAGCAGUAAAUGGGACACAGUUUUCUUAGCGACGCCAGACAAAUGUGACCUAUAUGGCCAAUGUAGUGCAAAUGGUAUUUGCAACAUCAACAAGACACCAAUUUGUGAGUGUCUGAAAGGGUUCAGACCUGAAUCAGAAGGGAUGGAUUCAAAUAAUCGCAAUUGGUCUAAAAAGUGUGUAAAAGAAUCGUCAUCAGAUUGCCAAAAUAGAGAGGGGUUUCUAAAACUUGUUGGGGUGAAACUGCCUGACUUCAUAGAGUUCAAGUUGAAUGAGAGUAUGAAUCUUAUGGAAUGUGAGAUGGACUGCUUGAAAAACUGCUCUUGUAGUGCUUAUGCAAGCACGAAAUUAGAUGAACAGGACAAGGGCUGCUUGAUGUGGUAUGGAGACCUGAUUGAUAUGAAAAACCCAUCAGGACAAACGAUGGGACAUGAUAUCUAUGUAAGAGUACCAUCUUCAGAACUAGGAUCAGCGCAUGCUUCAAACGAAAAGAAACAAGUAAAGAUCAUCAUAGUAGUUUCAAUCAUUUCUGGAAUGCUUGUCUUGAGCUUGGUGUCUUGCUUUAUCUUGAGGAAAAAAUGGAAAAGAGGUAAGCAUAAGUGUUUAACCUUGCUGAUUCUGUUUUUUGAUUUUUUAUUCAAUUUUCGACUAGAAUUUUGUACUUUAAUUUACAUGAUGAAGCAGCCCUGCUGCUGUAAUUGUAUGCUUUCAGUCAUUCCAGGCAAGCUAAUGUUGGCUGCUUUGUUCUGCUACAUUAUGAAGAAAAUUUGGAAAAGAGGCCAAGAGAGCUGCAAGGAUAAUGUAGAAGUGCCGUUGUUUGAUUUGGCUUCCAUUGUUGCUGCUACUAAUAGUUUCUCCCAAGAAAAUUUAAUAGGAAUUGGUGGAUUUGGUCCUGUUUACAAGGGCAUCCUUCCAACAGGAAAAGAAAUUGCUGUAAAGAGACUGUCCAAGAAUUCAGGACAAGGUGCUGAAGAGUUUAGGAAUGAAGUAGUUUUAAUUGCCAAACUUCAACACAGAAAUCUUGUUGGGCUAUGUGGCAGCUGCAUUCAAGGAGAAGAAAGGCUUUUGGUCUAUGAAUAUAUGCCCAACAAAAGCUUGGAUUAUUUUAUCUUCGAUCAUGACAGGAGAGUAUUGUUGGCAUGGCAGAAACGCUUUGACAUUAUCAUGCAGAUUGUGAGAGGACUUCUGUAUCUACACCAAGACUCCAAGCUCCAAAUUAUCCACAGAGAUCUCAAAGCCAUGAACCCCAAAAUUUCAGACUUUGGCUUGGCAAGAACUUUUGAAGGGGAUGAUAAAGUAUCAGAAACUAAGAGAGUUGUUGGAACAUUUGGAUAUAUGUCUCCAGAGUAUGCAGUUAAUGGUAAAUUUUCAGCCAAGUCUGAUGUUUUCAGCUUUGGUGUACUUCUACUAGAGAUAAUAAGUGGCCAAAAGAUUAGUAGUUUCUGUCAUCCUGAUCACCAUCAUAGCCUAUUGGGCCAUGCAUGGUUGCUAUGGAAUGAAGGAAGGGCCAUGGAGCUGGUAGAUGCAUGCUUGGAGGAUUCUAUUGUUGAAUCUCAAGUUCUUAGAUGUAUUCAAGUGGGCUUAUUAUGUGUUCAAAAUUUACCCAAGGACAGGCCAACAAUGUCAUCAGUAAAUUUUAUGCUGGCAAAUGAAGUAGCAUGUUUGCCUUAUCCUAAAGAGCCAGGAUUCUUCACGGAUAGAAGUUGCAAAGCAAAUACAGACACAAGAAAGGAGGAACUGCAUACUGUAAAUGUAGUGACUAUAACAAUGUUGGGAGGGAGAUAGUAAUUCCUGACAAGUUUGCCUUUUAUUUUCCUUCCUUGCUUGUAUCAUAUUGCUGCAAAACAAAAAGUGGAAAACUAAGAACUCAGAGAUUAGUUCAAUUGAUUCAUGUACUCAACCUUUAAGAGGUGACAUCCAGCAAAUUUAAGGGUUCAAAUUUCGGUACUUGCAAUCCCUUCGCCUAUUCCCAAGCUAUGGCCUCAUUUGUAC